GAUCAUAUGCAGCCGCGUCUACGCAUUGCUUUCUCUCUAGCCAGUCCCUCUUUAAUCGGUCAAACCAGGCAAAACCCUCUCCCCUCCGCCUCCGCCGCCGCCGCCGCCUCCUCAACACCUACGACCGCCAUGGCUCGCCGCUCCGGAGGAAGACCUGCUCCCCGUGCAGCCCCUCGUCGCAGUCCUCCUCCUGCACCAGUUAAUCAUGCUCCUCCUCCAGCCCCUACUCAAGGGGGCGGCGGUUCUAUGCUAAGUGGGAUUGGUUCGACCAUAGCUCAAGGUAUGGCUUUUGGUACUGGAAGUGCGAUGGCUCACAGGGCUGUAGAUUCUGUGCUUGGUCCUCGCACUAUUCAACACGAGACAGUGGCAGCUGCUGCCCCUGAAGCCACUACUAACAGCAUUGGUGGUGCUGAUGCAUGCAGCAUUCACUCCAAGGCCUUCCAAGAUUGCGUUAACAACUUUGGGAGUGACAUUAGCAAGUGCCAGUUCUACAUGGAUAUGUUGGCAGAGUGCAGGAAGAACAGCGGUGCUGUGCUGGGAGCCUAAAUGAUAUCGUCAUCUCUGCCAUCCAUUACCAUGAAAAGCAUUUAUUUGAAUAUUCUUAGUUCGUGUUGAGUCUCAGAUUGAACUGGUGAUGGUGAAGCAAAUCUUCUGUCUAUGGUUAUCUUUACAUUGAAUAAUCCCGAGUCAAACCUAUCGAGGUGGGAACUUUUUAAAGUAUCAUUAUCUGUCUUGUCAAACCAUCAUCGGGACAGCUUAUGAUUGAGAUAGUAAUGUCUUGGGAUGCUUUUGCUGUGGAAGAAUUUACAAUCUGAUAACCUUCUAUUGCAUUAUUUUUUGUGGC